AUGGGGCCAAGCUUUCAUCUCUUCCUCUGUUUCCUACUGUGCGGAGGUCCCCAGCUGUGCCGUGCCCAGCCUCUGGGGCUCUUGCCGGAUGGAACGCCCUCCCCAGUGGGGUCCUCCUCAUCCGUGGAGGUGGAGUGUCUGGAAGCUGAGCUGGUGGUGACUGUCAGUAGAGACCUUUUUGGCACUGGGAAGCUCGUGCAGCCCGGGGACCUCACCCUUGGCUCCAAAGGCUGUCAGCCCCAGGUUUCUGUGGAUACCGACGUGGUCACAUUCCAGGCCCAAUUGCACGAGUGCAGCAAGGUGCAGGUGACGGAGGAUGCUCUUGUGUACAGCACCUUCCUGUUUCACGACCCUCACCCUGUGGGCGGCCUGACCAUCCUGAGGACUAACCGCGUGGAGGUUCCCAUCGAGUGCCGCUAUCCCAGGCAGGGCAAUGUAAGCAGCCAUCCUAUCCUGCCCACCUGGGUUCCCUUCAGCACCACCGUGUCUUCAGAGGAGAAGCUGGCUUUCUCUCUCCGUCUGAUGGAGGAGAACUGGAACACCGAGAAAGCAUCGCCCACCUUCCACCUGGGAGAGAUAGCCCACCUCCAGGCAGAAGUCCGCACCGGAAGCCAUGCCCCACUGCAGCUGUUUGUGGACCACUGUGUGGCCACACCUUCACCAGACCAGAACUCCUCUCCCUAUCACGUCAUUGUGGACUUCCAUGGUUGCCUUGUGGAUGGUCUGUUUGAGAGCUUUUCUGCAUUUCAAGUCCCUAGACCCCAGCCAGAGACUCUCCAGUUCACAGUGGACGUGUUCCACUUCGCCAACAGCUCCAGGAACACGAUCUACAUCACCUGUCACCUCAAAGUCACCCCAGCUAACCAGAUCCCAGAUCAACUCAACAAAGCCUGUUCCUUCAACAAGACUUCUGAGAGCUGGUUGCCAGUAGAGGGCGAGGAUGGCAUCUGUAACUGCUGUACCAACGGCAACUGUAGUAGUUCAAGGUAUUCCGAUCACCAGGCCAAUAGAGGGAACCAGUGGCCCAACUCGGUUUCUCGCAAACGCAGGCACGUAACCGAUGAAGCUGAUGUCACUGUGGGGCCCCUGAUCUUCCUGGGAAAGGCAAGUGACCAGGCUGUGGAGGGCUGGACCUCUUCUGCUCAAACUUCUGUGGCUCUUGGCUUAGGCCUAGCCACGGUGGCAUUCCUGACCCUGGCUGUUAUUGUCCUUGGCGUCACCAGGAAGUGUCGCACUACUUCCAACCUUGCAGCCCUUCCGCAAUAA